GUAUAUUAAGAGAAAGGUGGGAACCCACCACGGAGGCUAGGCCUACAUCAGGGUGCCUUCGAGAUCCUCAUCUCCGUGGCCAUGUUUAUAUAUUUGUUUUGUCCCGUUCACUUUGAGAAGCCAAGAGCAACAUCUUCAACUUCUAUCCCUCCCUCCAGUCACUACCAGCAGUCUAACACCAAAAACAGCACCAACAUUGGUUCAACUUGGUCACACCCCUCUGCUGUGUAGUGCCAAAACCAGAAAAUAGAGAUACCGAUCCCAUGGCAGCUGUGGCAAAUAUAUCAGAGCCCCAUGACAGGGCUUAUCUUCCUUAUUCGGUACAGCCAAAUUCACAGUCCCUUCAAGUGACCUCAUACCCCAUAACUUUAAAGUUUGAAGAGAUUGUUUACAAAGUCAGAUUUGAGCAGAAAGGAAUAUGCUGUGGAGAAACACUGGGAACUAGAGAGAAGACCAUACUAAAUGGAGUGACAGGCAUGGUGUGCCCCGGGGAGAUACUAGCGAUGUUAGGUCCAUCAGGCAGUGGAAAGACCACCCUACUUACAGCCCUUGGAGGGCGUCUUAUGGGUAAAUUAUCAGGAAAGAUCACCUACAACGGCCAGCCUUUUUCGGGGUCCAUUAAACGUCAAACAGGAUUUGUUGCCCAAGAUGAUGUUCUAUACCCUCAUCUCACUGUAACUGAAACCCUCAUAUUCACUGCACUACUCAGGCUACCCAAAAGCCUGACCAGGGAUGAGAAAGUUCACCAAGUGGAGAGUGUGAUCACAGAGUUAGGGUUAACACGGUGCCAGAACAAUAUGAUAGGAGGGCCCCUAUUCAGAGGAAUCUCAGGUGGAGAGAAGAAAAGGGUAAGCAUAGGUCAGGAAAUGCUAAUCAACCCAAGCUUACUGUUGCUAGAUGAACCCACCUCAGGUUUGGACUCAACCACAGCUCAGCGGAUUCUGACCAUUAUUAAAAAGCUGGCAAGUGGGGGUCGAAGUGUGGUCACUACUAUUCACCAGCCCUCAAGCCAACUCUACCACAUGUUUGAUAAGGUGGUCUUGCUCUCUGAGGGCUCCCCAAUAUACUUUGGUCCUGCAUCAACUGCCUUGGAAUACUUCUCUUCAAUAGGUUUUUCCACAUCCCUCAUCGUCAAUCCUGCGGACCUCUUGCUUGAUCUUGCUAAUGGUAAAUAGAAAUUCCCUGCUUUUCACAAGUUUUCCUAGCCGAAAUUCGGGUUUGAUUUUACUUUUUCAUAAUGUUGAGCUAGAGGGGUCAUAGGAGGGGAAGGCUGUCUAUUAUUCAUCAUUUCUUACAUCUAUUUCUCGUUUUUUCAUUAACACAAAUUGGGAUGUCAUUAGGCCAACUUAAAGUGGUGGUUAUUAUGCUAGCUUUGUAUAAAAGCAGUAUAAAAUGGCCCCACCCCCAGAUUGCCCCACAUUCAGUUUGGUGGACUAAAGGAAAGUGA